UAAUAACUUUCAAUCUUCCAUUCUUGUGAGGAUUUCUCUCAAAACCCUGGACUCACGGUCCACGACUCAAGGCUGGACCGUUGGAGGCCGUCUUGUGGUUGCCGUGGAUAGCUGGAAGCCUGGAAACACCUCACCGUCGGCCAGAUUGUUGCCGCCUUAUGUUAAAAGCCACCGCCGGUGACCCAACCUCAUCGUCUCUGCUUUUGCCGGCCGGAAAAACACUUGCCUGCCGUUCCUGUCGUCACAGUCCGACCGUCGAUUCCCAGGAUUGAAGUGUGCGAUAUAAUCUCCUAGUUUCUGAAGAUGGGGAAAGCAAAGAAAACCCCAAAAUUUGCAGUUAAGAAGAAGCUGGUGAGCUCAAAGACGAUAAAAAAAUACAAGGAAGAGGUGCUUAAUCCGAACAAGAAAGACACCCAGAAGGAUAAACUCCCUAAAAACGUGCCAACUGUUUCAUCAGCACUUUACUUCACAUACAACACAGCGCUUGGGCCACCUUACAGAGUCUUGGUUGAUACCAACUUCAUAAAUUUCUCAAUCCAGAAUAAGCUGGAUUUGGUGGAUGCAAUGAUGCAAUGUUUAUAUGCAAAAUGUACUCCUUGUAUUACGGACUGUGUCAUGGCUGAGCUUGAAAAACUAGGGCAGAAGUAUCGUGUGGCUCUGAGGAUUGCAAAGGACUCACGGUUUGACAGACUGCCCUGCAUUCAUAAAGGGACUUACGCUGAUGACUGUAUUGUUGACAGAGUAACUCAGCACAAAUGCUAUAUAGUAGCAACUUGUGAUAGGGAUCUAAAGCGUAGGAUACGCAAGAUCCCUGGAGUUCCUAUCAUGUACAUUACACAGCACAAGUAUUCAAUUGAACGCCUGCCAGAGGCAACAUUAGGGGGAGCACCACGCAUAUGAGUUGGAUGAUCCGAUGGCUACUCGAAGGAUUCGGCACGGUUCUGCACAUCAAGUGCUUGUGUUCUCAACAAUCUUGGCCUAGUGGGUGCCCCGUGUCCCUGGUUUAAAUGGACCUGCUUUGUGGUUAGGUCACUUAACCACAACACCUAGUUGUAACCUUGUGCUGAAUCAUAAACUGUGCUGGAUCGCAGCAUCACAAUUUUGUUACAUAUUGAACUCUUAACCAUUGUUUUUUUUUUUGA